AUGGAUACUCGUCCUUUGUGGCUUUUGUUGGCUGCCCUGCUGGCGAAGUCCAAUGGAGAAGAAGCGAACCCUGCCUUCAUUAUCACACCCAGCCUGUCGACGCUGAAAGAGGUGGUGAAGGAGGUGCCUGGAGCCGAAUGUCGUCGUCAGGUCGCUGUGGUUCUGGAGGGCAUUCGGAAUCUCACCGACUGGGCGCUUCAGAUGGCAGAUGCGACGGCCAAGGUGCCCUCGGGGCUGCUGCGCGGCAACCUGCGCGCGCUGGGAGACAUGGACGAGUGCGUGGCGGUGGAAGCGGAGGUGUACAACACCACCUUGCACGGCAAGUACUGUCUUGCCAGCUUCCAUAUGGACUCGGACAGCGUGUCUGUCGCUCGUCUUCUCGACAUCGCCACGGCUGGGCGCCGACACCUCGAGUUCCGCCACCGACAGUAUGAUGUGGGCAACGGAGUGGUGGUGCCAUCGCCGGGCUUCGUGCCCGAGCUGUCUCGCGGCGAGUGGGGCGUGUGCGUGCCCACCGCCUGCUCGGCCGCCAAAGUGGAGGCUGCGCUGCGCGGCCUGGCGCGCCGUCUGCUGCCCUCUUCCGGCCUGAGCCUCGACGUGCGCGUCCCACCGCUCGCCUGUCGUACGCGCUCCGGCCCCGCGCGCCCCCUCCGCGCGCCGCACUACGCCUUCGCGUGAGUUCCAUUACACUCCU